AUGGCAAGAGAGUUCAUAGUUCAUGGAGGCGCUAUGCACUCAGAAGCAAGUUUCCUGGUGGAUUCCUCCUGGGCUUUUAUGUUGUUAUGCAUGAUUGUUGUUUCUUUGUCAAUUAUUUCCAUGGUCAUAUUCGCUUGUGGUGAUAGCAAUUCAGGCGAAGGUCAUCGUCCGCGGCGUAGGGGCGGUUUUGCUGGAGGUGGUGCUAAUUACGCAGGAGCUGGUAGUGCUUGUGGUGGAGGAGGAGGAGGAGGAGGCAGUGCUUGUGGUGGAGGAGGUGGAGGUGGUGGUGGUUGUGGAGGAGGAGGCGGAGGCGGGUGUUAA